UUGUUGUCAAACACGGGAAAGACAGGUCUCAUCAUGCAACUAUUAGUCGACGUUCUCCAAUGGUUUGGAGUCGAGGCGAGCGGAUGGUCUGUGUCCGUGUGCCUUUUUUUGCUGUUUGUCAGCCUCCUUUACUGAUUGUUUGGUGUUGUGCUGGACCGUAGCGCCUCCUCAUCCACAGCUGAUCAAUUGCAGCAGCUCUCUGCUCUCAGAGAUAAAUGUGCGGCCUGAGCUCACUACCGCGGCGUGACCGCCAAGCGUCUGAUCCAGGUACUCCAUCUCCCCUUACUCUGUCUUGGAACGAUGUGGCAUCAAGCAUCCAAAGCCUUCGCCGUUUUUUGGGAACCUUAUGAUGUUUAAAGAUGGUUUCUUUAAGGCACAGUCUGAGCUAAUAAAGAAAUACGGACACAUUUGUGGUUAUUAUAUAGGCCGGCGGCCUAUAGUGAUCAUAGCAGACCCAGAUAUGCUCAGACAGGUGAUGGUGAAGGAAUUCAAUAAGUUUCCCAACAGAAUGACUGUCAGAGGCAUCACUAAACCCAUGAGUGACAGUCUGGUCAUGCUGAAGGGCGAACAGUGGAAACGAGUACGCAGCAUCCUCACACCAACUUUCAGUGCGGCCAAGAUGAAAGAGAUGGUUCCCCUCAUCAACACGGCCACAGAGACGUUACUGAGAAACCUGAAGAGCCACGCUGAGUCCGGUAACAGCUUCAACAUCCACAAGUGUUUUGGCUGCUUCACAAUGGAUGUAAUUGCCAGUGUGGCGUUCGGUACGCAGGUGGACUCUCAAAACAAUCCCGAUGACCCUUUUGUGCACCACGCCUCCAAGUUCUUCGCUUUCACCUUCUUCAAACCCCUCAUGAUAUUCUUCAUGGCGUUUCCAUUUCUGCUUCAGCCUCUUGCUGGUCUCCUUCCCAAUAAAUCAAGAGAUGAGAUGAACAGCUUUUUUAUCAAAUGCAUUCAGAAGAUGAUUAAACAGAGAGAUGAUCUGCCCCCAGAACAGCGGAGACGGGACUUCCUGCAGCUUAUGCUGGACGUUAGGGCCAGCAGCAAGUAUUUGUCUUUGGAGCACUUUGAUGUGGUCAAUGACGCCGAUGAACAGGCUUGCGACGAACAGGGGAUGGACAACGGACCGGAAAGCGGACCUGGAAACGAGUCCACCAGGCGCACACAGCACAAGAGGAUGAUGACGGAGGAUGAGAUUGUCGGUCAGUCCUUCAUCUUCCUGUUGGCCGGCUAUGAGACGAGCAGCAACACUCUAGGCUUCGCAUGCUACCUGUUAGCGCUCCAUCCAGAGUGCCAGAAAAAACUCCAAGAGGAAGUGGACGAGUUCUUCAGCAGACACGAGACUGCAGAUUACUCUAAUGUCCAAGAGCUGAAGUAUUUAGAAAUGGUUAUAUGCGAGUCUCUGAGACUCUACCCACCUGCGUUCAGGGUCGCACGGGAUGUUGAUCAAGACACUGUGGUGAACGGCCAGCUUCUGCCUAAAGGAUCAUCUCUGGAGAUACCUGCAGGUUACCUUCACUAUGACCCAGAGCACUGGACUGAACCUGAAAAAUUCAUCCCGGAGAGGUUCACUCCAGAAGCCAAGGCCAGCCGGCACCCGUUUGCGUAUCUGCCGUUUGGAGCGGGGCCACGCAGCUGUGUGGGCAUGAGACUGGCCCAGCUGGAGAUUAAAAUGGCUCUGCUUCACAUAUUUAGGCGCUUUAACGUGACGGCCUGCGAGGACACCGAGGUUCCUCUGGAGUUGAAGUCGCACACCACCCUCGGCCCCAAGAAUGGGAUUUUGGUAAAAAUCACCAAGAGGGAGAAUUUUGAGGAUGAUUCCUGAUGGGGUUUUAGCUGUCAGUUGGGCCGUCUGUUUUUUUUUAUCAAAUUAUUUAGAAAUCUUAUCACCUGGCAACUAAAUAGUAACCUUCUGAGCUAUUCGAUUAAAUGAAAUUCAAUUCGGCACACUUCAUUUACAGCAAAAGGCACAGAUGCGCAUGUGUGAAAAGCAUAACAUGUUGAACCAAACAACGGUCCUAGUACAUAUAGCACUACCUGACUAUUUCUUACCUCAGAUCAGCAACACAGAGUGAUCAUCACUAUAAGGAACCACCCAGAUGAUUAACAAUGCAGAUGCACAUUUAUUUUGUUACUGAAGCCAAUGAUAAGUCUCUUAAAUCUAAAUACAACCAACUAUAUAGUGUAACAGUGAUUUAAAUGUCAAUGAUUUGAUAAAAGGAACUGGGAUUGGACACAUUUCGCCUAAACAUCGGCGAGAUUUGAACUUCUGAUUAUUGUGUCGUGAUACAUUAUAUCGCAUUAAUGUGAUUUUUAAGGUUCAUUGUGGUGCAUUGUUGAACUGUAUGAACUUGAAUUAAAUGAAUAUUUCUUAAUAAAAUGUUUAGAAUAUA